CUACAACAUGCUUUUGGCACCAUAUCGGAUGCACAAACCGUUGAUUUAGAGUAUGUUCCUGAAGAUUCAGCAAAAGCCAUCAAUGAUGAACAUUUUAAGGGCGUGUUUGAGCAUUUCAGAUAUGAUCCCUCGCUUAGGGAGAAAGAGCUUGAGCCCCAUCAAACGAUUGAAGAAAUGUUCCCUGAUCUUAAACAACCUAUUCUCCAAGAUCAAGAUAGUGGCGAAGAGGAUACAGAUAGCCAACAGCCGUUGUCUAAGAAAAAGGCAAGAAAACUAAAUCGAAUUCCGCUUGCAACUCUGAAGACCCUGUUUAAACGGCCCGAAAUUAUUGAGGUUCAUUGGGUCGAUGUAACGUCUCCUGACCCGGUACUUUUAGUUACGUUGAAAAGCCUGCGAAAUACCGUCCCUGUCCCGCAACACUGGCAACAAAAAAGGAAGUAUCUUGCUGGAAAAAGGGGCUUUGUGAAGCCCCCCUUUGAAUUGCCGCCAUAUAUAAAGGCCUUGGGGAUUGUUGAUUUGAAGGCCGCCUCUUUGGCCCAAGAAUCGUCAAAGUCAUUGAAGACCAAGACAAGACAAAGGCUUGUCCCGAAGCUUGGGAAAAUAUCCCUCGACUACGAAAGGAUGCAUGAUGCUUUUUUUAAGCACCAAACGAAGCCUCCGAUGUCCAAAUUUGGAGAUUUGUACUUUGAGGGGAAGGAAUUUGAGUGUAAGGCCUCCAAUAUUGUCCCGGGCCAAUAUUCUGAUGAACUUCGGACUGCUCUUGCCAUGCCACAUCCCUGUGCGCCUCCCUGGAUUGUUAAUAUGCAGCGUUACGGCCCGCCCCCUAAAUAUCCCCAUUUGAAGGUUCCUGGUGUAAAUGCUCCUAUCCCCGUUGGCGGUCAGUGGGGCUACCAGCAAGGAGGCUGGGGAAAGGCUCCUGUUGAUGAGGUAUAA